GCCAGCCAGUCUGUCAGCCAUAGCCGUGCAUGGCCGUUGUGGCUCAACACGGCUUGCCCCGCGACAGCGCCGCCCCAACAGAGCAGCGCCAGAGCAGGCGCAGGGCCAUGGCGGACGUCGAACAUUUCCUGAGCCCGCUGUUCCGGCCGCCGCUGGGGCUUGCAGUGACCGGAGCUGCCUUGAAGUACGUGGCCACCACAAUCAUUCUCGCCGAUCCGCUGCUGAGAACUCGCGGCGACUUCAUCAGGGAGCGCGAGGACUCUGGUAUGGGAGCGCGGCUGCAGCGCCUAGCUCUCUUGGUCGGGCGCGGUGUCUUCAUCGGACUGGCGGCAGCCUGCUUCGAGCAAGAUAGGGUGAUCCUGUCGGAGGGGUUCCGACACCUAUCUGGCCUCCAGUGUUGUCACCUUGUUGCAAUGGUAUUGGCGUUCAGUCCCAACACAGUGGCGGCUGUGGCAGCUGUCGGCAUCAUAGAGGUGAAGGCGGCCUGGCUCAACGGCUUCCCAAUAAAUAGUUGCUUCUACGGGAGUUUAGCAGACGCUGCCGCCGUCGCUUAUGUCGCCUUCAUGGGCCUGGUCUACUUGCUGCCCCUGCUUGUCAUAUCAACGAUCUAUGGUAUUCCUGGGCUUUGCGCCAUAGCUUGGUCUUUCUCGUGCGAGUUUGUCUUCGGCUUUGUUGUCAGGCCCUGGCAGCUGCUGACACAGGGGAGGGCCGACUUCAGCAGCUUCUGGAUCGUGCUGCCAGCCGUUGCGGUCUUCAUGCUCGCCGUCCUCCAGAUCCUCCUCAUAGCCUACUGUGUGUGCGUGAUUCUCGAGAAGCGGUACCCGCAGAUCGCUCAGCAGGAGAAGAACAAGAACGGUGGUGGCGGCAGAUCCAGGCUCGUGCGCGAGAUGCCUGCUCACGUCAUUGGCUUGAUGCGCGAGUUGGGGGGGUGGAAAGUCGGCGCCGAGCAUUCCAAGGACGCCAUCGGCGACAGCUCGUGCAGCGCAGAGUUGGAGCUGCUCCCCAAGGCUAGCGAUGGGAAGGACGUCGAGAUCAGCGGUGCUCAACCCCCACGGGGCUCCCGCCUGUGUGGCAUGGCCGCGCACGAGGAGGACCAAUGCUUGCUGAACGACACAACCUUGGGCGCAAUAUGGAUGAUGAAGGUCACGGGGUGCAUCGCGAUGCCGCUGCUUCAGGUCUGCGUGGUAAUAACCGCGAAGGUCUUGCUAGGACAGGCAGGGCCCUGGGGGGCUACGCUCGAGGUCUUCAGCGAGAGGUCCUGGACGAAGUACUUCCAGCAGAUUUGGAGCAGCGGCUCCUCGGGAGUGCUUCCGAUUCUGUGGUAUUACACCUGAAGGACAGCUGACACCGCCUGGGAUUUCUUGGGCACGCACCGCGCGUCGCCCUCCUCCGACUUCCAGUGUCACUCUGCAUUCGCCGCGGGCGGCUCGCUUGACUUUCGGCUGCCAGAGGAGGGUGGAGGAUGAACAGGAAGGGGCGGAGGAGGAGCAGGCUCCUUACAAUCGAAUCGUCAGCUGCACAAGGUGUGUCGCACAAGCCGGCGUUGCCCGUGUGCAGCUUUCUCGCGGCCAAGAAAUGCGAGUGCAGAGACUUGCCGCAAGGACGAGUGCCUCGCAGAAAGGCCCGAUCGCCUUAUAAAGCGAUUGGUUGACUGCGGCUGGCCCAUGCGUCGCUGGCUAUGGCGCUCGUCUCGCUUGAGUUUCAAUCGGCUUCUACAGGGGCGUCACAAAGCCUCAUUCGUCCGCCGCUGGUGGGGCGGUGCGACGGGGAUCGCAUUUCCUGCCCGACGAGGACGACAGAUACAGGCAUUUGGCUUCCCGAUUGCUGGCACUGUCUUUCCUAAUGACUUUCUCGUUGUCAGUCGUCCCACCGUGGCGAGCGUUGGCCCAGGAAGGCCUCUCUCUUCAGAUGGUCGAAAUACUCACCGCGAUGGUCAAAGCACGGAGGGUCUUGAGAGCACGGUAAUCAAGGAAUCCAGUGCACGAGUCUGGUGCACGGUGAUCCAGGAUAGAGAGCGUUUCGGUGAUCAUGGUUCAAGUGCGGCCCAAGACAAACCAAGCCAUCCACCGCGAGGUAGAGCUGAAUACAUGAUGGUAGUGUGUAGUACGCUAGUCGAUGCGCAAUAUUUGUCAUGUCAAAUCGGGGAGAUGUGAGAGGCCACAGUGCGCCGAUGUCGCAUUACUCACGGUAUGUUGCCGUAGCAGUCGUCAAUCCCGAGUGGAGUAAUAUCGUUGUCGUCAUACAUCCCCGUCGUCACUAUUGUUCAGCCUCCUGUUCUUUCAACUACCAGGUAGAUUUUAAUAUCAGCGCUGGGCUGGCCCCACGGCCCAGAUGAACACCUUACAUGUUUUCAAUGAGUCUUGGCAUCUGCCGCCAGUUCUGCGCAACAGUUUCCAUGGUGCUGGCCGCUAUACACUACAUUGCUAACGCGCGUGCCUGUUUGACGCGGAUCAGCUGGCCCAAUCCGCGAACGAAGCCAACGCCAGCAAGUCUCUGAGUGGUACCACUUCUUCUUCAAGAAACGAUACCCGUAGCCACCGUAUGGUCAUUCGAGCUGUUUGAUGGCAUGAGCUGGCACGAUGGCCUUGACGUUGGCUUUUGGAUAGUAGCCUCGGCGUCGCCUGUCCAACGGGUCAGGGUAACCACUCAUGAGAGAGAAGAGACAAGGGGGACGUGGCAUGGGGUACGGAGGACUAUUUUCAUGGGUCCUGGAUUUGCUGAUUCAUUAUCGAAGUGGACAGCUCUGUUCUCUCGACCGCCGUAGCGGGUCCCCUGAGAUCUUCUUGCCUGAUGGGGUGCCUUCGCCUGCUAUUGCGGGAGCGUGCGCCCUCGCGUACGCGUAUGGCCGUAAUGUUGGGCCGCACGUGUCAAAUAUGUGUGCAGGAAGGAAUUCAUGGCGGUGGUGGACGCUGGCUUCUUGCACGGCCACGAAGGUGGCCAUCGGAGCUGGGCCUGGAAUGAUUGCGUCUGGAAGACCUUCAAUGAGCUGGGCACCGAUCCCCAGGUGGCUGACGAACUCCCUUGUCGUCCAGUCAAUGAAAAAAAGCUUAAUGGUCAAAGCUGUGCGAUCGCAGGCGUCGCGAGCAGCUUUCUUGUCAGAACGCGGCUCGUCCCGGAUCUUCCCGCGUCGAUGUCCUACGCUUCUUUGACGUCUCCCUCCGCCGCCGCCGUUCUCCUUGCCCAAACCUGAUUGUCCAGUUAGGGGCCUGGCACCUCCCCGCUCUCUUGACGGGUCGCCCCCAUUCGUCUCAUUGGCUCCUUUUUGGCGCUGCUGCUGUAGACGCCUUGGCACCUGCAGCCACAGGAGCACACGCUUCAUUGCAAUGCCCCGCGUCCCAUC